AUGUCUCAGUGCUGGGUAGUCAGAAGCAUGAACGGCAUGAAGACGCAGUCGCCGACCACGACAAUGGCGAAUAACGACAACGACCCCUUGCCCCUCGGAUGGGAAGUCAAAAUUGACCCACAGACCGGCUGGCCCUUUUUCGUGGAUCACAAUAACCGCACCACAACCUGGAACGACCCGAGACACGACACGAAAAAGGUUAGGGAAUUGUCCACAAAUGGACCCAGUGUACCACCAGAACCGAGCUCUCAGGAGGUGCAGAAAACCUUUGUGAAAGAGAUGAAACACCCCAUCCUUCGCCCUGGUUAUGUCCCAAUCCCAGUCUUCCAUGAAGGAGCGGAUGUAAGACAGCAACAGCACCCGUGCUUUUCCUACAUCCAGCCAACCGCUGCACAGAAUAUCCGCACAGAGGGGCGGAUACCUUCACCGACACUUGGGUUUCAUUGUAGACCUAGAUCGCCUCUACAUGGACCUAGUGACAGUUGCUCCACAGGGCCCAGAAAAGCCAGCUCACCUGUAUCUCAAACAGCAGAGGUUUACCCUGGACAUCAUAACCAACUUCCACGGCCAAGCAGCACUGGUCUUCAAGCAGGUUAUAUCCCCAUACCAGUAAUCCAUGAGGGCGGAGGAGGCCAAACACAAGCACAGCCUCAGUUAAAUCCAUCAGUCCAGGGUCAGCGUGUCCCAUAUUCAGAACCUCCGCAGCCCUACCAACGCUUUCAACAGGAAGAAUGGCCCAGCUAUGCUACAGCAAUGCAGCCUCCUCGGGAAAGGGCUUCUCCGGUAUUGUAUCCCCAGCACCGAGAUACUGCUGCUAUUCACCUACCGCAUAAUAUCAGAAGCCAGUCACCGAUUGUGACACAGUUGCUGGGUGAAAAACCACAGCAUAUCAUCAUGAGAGAGCCACCUCAGAAAGUGGAGCAGGAACAAGUAAGCCCUCUGCAAAAACCAGAGAAUAUCCAGGUCCCUCAGCCUUUGCGCACAGAUGCUGAUGACCAAAAGCCUAACUUUCAACAGCCUUCACCUCAGCAACAUCAACACUUCCAACAACCUCCGCCUCAGCAACCACAGCAGUUCGAGCAGGCGCCGCCUCAGGCAUCCCCGCAGUCCGAGCAAUUACCAAAACACUUCCCGCAGCCCCAUCAAGCAGAGCAAGAUACCCCUGACAACACCGUCCAAAUGCCACCAGAACCGGAAGCACAUGACGCAGCAGCUGUUGCCACAGAAGUUCCGCCAGCAAAGGCAGAGGCAGAACAACCGCUCCAGUGUCCCGUCCACCCUGGUUUAGCUAAAGUACAGAAGAUAGUUGAGCGGGUCGCUAAACUGGAAGAAGAGGUGAAAAGCUUUGAAGGGAAAAAAAAUGAUAAGAAAUACUUGUUACUGGAGGAACUGCUAACCAAAGAGCUCUUGGCAUUAGACUCAGUUGAUCCAGAAGGGCGCGUGGACGUACGGCAGGCAAGACGGGACGGUGUCCGUCGCGUCCAGACCAUACUGGAGGAACUGGAGCAACUGGAGGAGCAGUCAACAAGACCUGCCUGCGAAGCCUCGGUGGAGGGAGAUGGGUUGACGUCGAAAGGAGAACCCAGUAUGUUCACUAAGGACAAUGUCGAGAUGGCAAAGGAGAUAUCCUAA